AAAGAAAUCCAUGUGAAUGGUUAUGUGGAUGAAACAGGAAAAGCCCAUUGUGUGUCACCUUUAUUGUAUGAGACUGGACGUAUUUUAUUUGAAAUGUCUGUGGAUGGAGGAAAGACAUAUCCCCACUCUGGCACUUGGCUGUCAGUGCAUCCUGGAAAAGUGUCAGAGUCAGAAAAAUGCACUCUGGAGAAUGAAACAAAAUGGCAGUACUAUGGCACUCCUAAUUAUGAUGGCACCUUGACUGUUAAAUGGGAUCCAAACACAUUCAAGGAGAACUCAGUUAACAUUGAGGUCUGGGGCUAUGGGGAAUCAGGAAAACCUUAUACAGACUCCUGGACAGCAGCC